CCCUCAAUAAUUUUUUGUCUCUCUCUUCCUUUUUCUUCUGAAUUUCGAGUUCGCAGUUUGCAACAAAUCGAAAAUUAAAUAAAAUCAUGGGAUUCGCUAAAGUGUGGAAUGCUCAUCCAAGAAAUUAUGGUCCAGGAUCACGUCAUUGCCGUGCCUGUUCCAAUAAUCAUGGUAUCAUCAGAAAAUAUGGAUUAAACUUGUGCCGACAAUGUUUCCGAGAGUACUCAAAGGAUAUCGGUUUCAAGAAGAUUAUCAGUAAAAUCUUUAAUCCAACCAACGUUGAAUCUCUGGCCAAAUGUGGUAAGUGCGGCAAGAAUAUUUCGCUUUGGUGGUCUGCAAUGCUUCCGUCCACCUUCAAGGCAGCAGACAUUGGGGAAGC